AUGUAUCUCACAGGAGGAGAGCUUCCAGACCUGGACAGACAGGAGAGAUGGCCCCAGAGCUCACAGACAGACCACCUUUAUCAGUCAGUGCUGUGUCCUCCGCCGCCUGCCGUCUCUGCCCCGUCACUGUCAGUGCACACUCUGCUCCCUGCAGACAUUUCGUCAGUGUAUGGUUUGGGAGCACCGGCCUCUCACAGAAAGGAAGCCUCCAGAGUGAUCAACAGACUAACGGAGCUGCUGUCCAUGUUUAACCCGGACGUCACCACUGAACAUGGCGACACUUCUAUGGACGGAAGGUCACUCCCUGCACAAGCGGAGGAAAUAACACAACAUGUUGCACAGGACAGAGAGUGGAAGCUGUGGGUGCUGUUUGUCCCAGUCACCUCGCUGUGCCCCUGUUCAGAUCAUGUUCCUGAAGAUGUAACAAAACUGGUCCAGGAAGUGGAGGAGACUCUUCAGAUCAUGCACAACCAGCUGCACCAAUCGCUGGUCCAUGUGGUGGUGUGGAGUGGCCCUCAUCACCAGAGCAGCAGUUCUUGUGAAUGCAUCCGGAAUGACAACAUAAACCAGAGACUGCAUCAAGCCACACUUCUCCAGACGCUGCAGGUCUCAUUACGAUCUAUGGUGGGAGACAAGCAGUGGAACAGCGAUGAGUUCAGCGUGGUGCUCCAGCCGCUCCCGGUCCUCCUCCAGUCUGUGAACUCGGUAUCGGAUGUAAACAACAUAGCCAUUCAGUUGUGGACUCACAUGCUGCAGGUGGCGUCUUCAGAGAAACACCUCCCCUGCCCUUCCACGGAGCAGCCGUACCUGCGCACACAGACAGAGCUCCCAGUGGAGAGGGAGCAGCGGGCUCCCAGCGACACCACUGCAGCUGUGGAUCCUAUUUUUGGGACUAACUUCUCCUGCACACACAUCAGUCCGUCUGAAUCCACACCGACAUCAGUACAUGCGGUCAGACCGGCAGAUGUGCGAGUGGUCGCUGCUGUUGGAGAUUCUCUGACGGCAGCUAAUGGUGUGGGGGCAAAGACAAACAACCUGCUGCUGGUGAUUAAUGAGUACAGAGGGCUGUCGUGGAGCAUUGGCGGUGAUGGAAACCUCUCUGUUGUCACAACUCUGCCCAACAUCCUGAAGGAGUUCAAUCCCAAUGUGACUGGCUUCUCUGUGGGACAGGGCAAACAGACGGAGCCUAAGGCAUUUCUUAACCAGGCAGUGGCGGGGGCCAAAGCCGGAGACAUGGUUGAACAAGUGCGUGUUGUGGUGAACAAAAUGAAAACCGACCCUAGAAUCGACUUCCACAACGACUGGAAGGUGAUCACCAUGUUUGUGGGAGGGAACGACAUCUGUGACUUCUGCACAGACACAAUUCUCUUCUCUCCUCGGAAUGUGAUCGGCAGAAUCCGCGCUGCUCUGGACAUCCUGCAUGAAGAGGUUCCUCGGGCCAUAGUGAACCUGGUGGAGCUGCUGAGUAUUGUGCCUCUGCGGGAGCUGCACCAGGACAGUUCUCUGGAUUGCCCCAGCUGGUUUGUCAAAUUGGUGUGUCCGUGCAUCCUGAAGCCAAACGAAGGGACAGCAGAGCUGCAAAAGACCAGAGACUUUAACAGGGCUUACCAGAAAGCAAUGAGGGAGCUGAUCAACUCUGGCCGCUACGACACGCACACUAACUUCACGGUGGUGCUGCAGCCAUUCUUCAGGGAGGUGUUCCUGCCCAAGCUCCAGGAUGGCCGUCCUGACCGUUCAUACUUCUCACCGGACUGUUUCCACCUGAGCCAGAAGGCUCACACGCUGAUGGCCCGCGCUCUCUGGAACAACAUGCUGGAGCCAGUCGGCAACAAGACGUUCACACAGGACUUCACUUUGGGGAUUGAGCUCAAGUGUCCGUCUGAGGUACAGCACUCACUGGUGCAGAAGAGCAGCCCAUUCAUAAGAACAGCUGAUAACAGUAACUACACUGUUUCCGGGCCUCCUCCCACUCCUCCUCCCAUCACGAACUGGGGUAGUGACUUCUCCUGCGAGGACACGGCCCCGUCACCGUCUGUGCCCACCUCUGUCCACAGGCUGCGUCCGGCCGACAUCAGCGUGGUCGCUGCGUUGGGAGACUCUCUCACGACUGGCUUUGGGGCCAAAGCAAAGAACCUUCUACAGCUGAGGACGGAAUACAAAGGCGUGUCCUGGAGCAUCGGAGGUGAUAAAACACUGGAGACCGUCACAACAUUACCAAACAUCCUGAGAAAGUUCAACCCUGACUUGAAAGGCAUGUCUAAAGGACAGGGCAGCUGGCAAAGCAAGUUUAACAUGGCAGUGUCUGGAGCCAAAAUAGCAGGAGUCCCGGCUCAAGUCACUCGCCUCAUUGAAGCCAUGAAAAGUGACACUUCUGUGGACUUUGAGAACGACUGGAAGCUGGUGACUCUGUUUAUAGGAGGCAACGACCUGUGCACCUACUGCAACGACCGAGCUGCGUUAUCGCCCCAAAACUACAGUCGGCACAUGAUGGCGACGCUGGACCUUUUGUACAAUGAGGUGCCCAGAGUGCUUGUGAAUGUUUUGGAAAUCCUUCAAAUCGAGGGUCUGCGCAGGGUCAAGGGAGACAGCCUUGGGUGCAGUGUGCUGAAGCAGUUUAUCUGCACCUGCUUCCUCACUCCGAGCGAUGACUCCCCAGAGCUGGCGGAGAUCAGGCGUGUCAACCAGGAGCUGCAGAUAGAGACGGAGAAGCUGGUGUACGGCGGUCGCUAUGACGGCAGAGAGGACUUUGCCGUUGUCGCUCAGCCUUUCUUCAAAAACUCCAUGGUGCCUCUGAACGCUGACGGACGACCCGACACCACAUACUUCUCUGAGGACUGCUUCCACUUUAGCGAGCGCGGGCAUUCUGGCAUGGCCUCCGCUCUGUGGAACAACAUGCUGGAGCCUGUGGGCAAGAAGCAGACAUUCAACAAUUUCACAAAUGCUAGAAAUGACAUUAAGUGCCCCACUAAGGAUAAUCCAUUCAUCUUCACCAAAGUGAACAGCUUACCCUCAGAGCCCACCACCACAACCACCACCCCAUCUGCCUCCCCUGUGCCCACCUCGCCCUCGCCUCCUCCGCUCCUCCCAGAGUGUGGGAGCAGUGUGCCCGUGUGGCUGUCCCCGGUGCUGGCCGCUGCUGGCCUGCUGAUAGGCUGUGCUGUGACAUGGCUCCUCCUCUACUGCAGAGACAAAAAGACCAACAAUAUGAAAACCAACAUGGAAAUGAAAGGCACGAUGUUUUAA